AUGACAUCCUUGAAGCAAUUGAAAGAGAGCUUCGUGUCCGACUUGACUGGUGGAUCGAUUGAGGAAAUAUAUUUGGUGACUUCGGUGGCACUAACUUCAUAUCUAUCGUACAAACUCAUCAAGGACUCAAUUACCCAAUUGCCGUUGGUGUACGACUAUGUGAUUAAUGUGUUGACUAUCCUAACAGCCAUAACUAUUUACAGCAACAACACGGCCUUUUUACACUAUUCGAUAUUUUUUCCAUCACUACUCAUGUUUUUGCUAAAUCACUAUACAAGCAAAAAGAGGAACAAAAAAAGCCAGCGACAACAUAGCACUACGAAUGAUGCUCUUUUGAGUAGAAAACAGUUUCUCACUGCUUAUAGAUCCCACAUGUUGAUAAUAACCAACUUAGCCAUAUUAGCAGUUGAUUUUAAAAUUUUCCCCAGAAGGUUUGCCAAAGUAGAAACAUGGGGUACAUCAAUGAUGGAUUUGGGAGUAGGAUCGUUUGUAUUUUCAAUGGGAUUAGUAAAUUCAAGACAAUUGAUCAAGGUACAUUCUCGUUAUAGAUUCAGUUGGAACGCAUACUCGAAAAUAAUUAAACAAAGUACAAUUAAAGCGUUGCCUUUGUUGGUUUUGGGAUUUGUUAGGUUUAUCAGUGUAAAGAAAUUGGAGUACCAAGAGCAUGUAACCGAGUAUGGUAUCCAUUGGAAUUUUUUCAUUACCUUGGGAUUGUUGCCGGUUUUGUUGGGUAUCUUGGAUCCAUUUUUGAACAUUUUACCACGAGUGCUGGUUGCGUUUGCUCUUCUUUUAUUGAAUGAGUUGAUACUAAAGAGGACCAGUGUGCUCCCGAUGAUACUAUCUAGCGGAAACAGAAUGGACAACUUCUUGACUAUGAACAAGGAAGGGAUAUACUCAUUUUUGGGAUACUUUACUAUAUUCAUAUUUGGUCAAUCGUUUGGAUCGUUUGUCCUAACCGAGUAUCCUACAAGGAACAACUUGAUCUUUAUAAGUAAAACCAAAGUAACCAAAAGAAAUUCCAAUUUUGUAUCAGUGUCCACAACAGAGGGUUUGGUUAUAUCAACCAUAUUUUAUCAAGCUUUGUUCACAAUAGUGAACAACUCCAACAACCUCACCAACAUUUCAAGAAGAUUUGCCAAUGCAUCUUACAUUUUGUGGGUUGUGUCCUACAAUGCCGCAUUUUUAUUGGGGUACAACUUGAUCGAUAAGUUACUUCCGGAACAAACCGAAGUUGCUUCAGAUGUGUUGGAAGGUGUCAAUAACAAUGGGUUACUUGCAUUUUUAUUGGGUAAUCUUACAACUGGGUUGAUUAAUAUGCUGAUCAAUACGUUGGAGGUUUCCGGUACAGUUGCAUUUUUGAUUCUAAUUGGUUACAGCAUUGUGUGGUUAUCUGUAACGAUUGUCUUGAACCGCAAGCAUAUUUAUAUCAAGCUCUAA